UAUUAGAGGCACUGCACCCAGCACUGUGUAUUAGAGGCACUGACUGCACCCAGCACUGUGUAUUAGAGGCUGCACCCAGCACUGUGUAUUAGAAGAAUUAGAUACAAUAAUCCGGUCCCGGCUGUCCGAUCCCCCGCCUCCUCCGCCCGCCUCUACCCAACCCCCUGAGCUCAGCUCCGGAACAUCGCACCUUGCCGUCCCCUGGAGUCUGGACCAUGUGCUGCUGCUGCUCCCCAUCCAGGCGCUGCCGGGUGCCGGUCACCCUGUUCCUGCUCAUAACCUACUUCUGUUACCUGCUGCUGGGGGCCACCGUCUUCUGGGCCCUGGAGAGCGGGGCUGAGCACGACCUGACCCUCAGCUUCCAGCAUGAGAAGUGGGAGCUGCUGAGGAACCACACCUGCAUGGACAACCGGAGCCUGGAGCAGCUCAUCACGGGAAUCAUUAACGCCUACAAGAAGGGGGUCAGCCUGAUGGGGAACGAUAGCAGCCCGGAGACCUGGAACUUUGCCGGAUCUUUCUUCUUCUCUGUAACCGCUAUAACUACAAUCGGCUACGGGAACCUGAGCCCCACCACAAUGGGUGGCCGCAUCUUCUGUGUCUUCUUUGCACUCUUUGGUAUCCCACUGAAUUUGAUCCUGUUGAACCGUAUUGGCCGGAAAAUGCUUUAUGUGGUCCAUCGUUAUAGUGAUUUCAUGGGGAGGAAGGUUCGUCAGCAGAGACCGGUGAAGUAUUUCUCCAGCUUCUGCGCCGUGGUGGCCGGCCUGCUGCUGUUCUUCUUGCUGCCGCCCAUACUCUUCCGCGGCAUGGAGGGCUGGACAUACGAAGAAGGGUUCUACUAUGCCUUCAUCACCCUCAGCACCAUCGGCUUUGGGGACUACGUCAUUGGAAGGGUUCCCGAAAACCGGUACCCGAGCUGGUACAGGAACAUGGUUUCUCUGUGGAUCCUUUUUGGCAUGGCGUGGCUAGCACUCAUUAUAAACUUGUGUAUAAACCUCCUGGAAAACUCCAAAAAAAGUUGCCUUUGUUGCACGAAAACGGAGAGGAAGAUGAAGGAAGAGCUCAUAGACAUAACCCACAACGGGCACGUUCCGUCAGAACUGCAAGAUGCAGAGGACUCCUCCACCACAAGUGACACUAAACCCAAGUCACCUGAUUGACAACAUCAUUGGUGGUUCUAUGUUACAUGUAUGCAAGAUGGUGAUAGUGUAGAGAACGCUUUAUAUGGCCAGUUUGGGUCCAGAGCACUGAUUGGGACUUUAUACAGUUCUGGGACUUGCUGACAUGUAAUAUUUCCUGGACUUGAUUUUAAAGAACACAACAUGUUAGAUGAUUGAACUUUGUUUCAUGCAGAUAUGUGUUUGCUACCCCAGUUAUCCUGCAUCAGGAGCUUACUAUUGCUACUUGGUGGUUCUGAUGAACCCUGGCCCCACUAUAUAUACCCCUGUGGCUUCCCGUUUACCUCUAUUUCCAUCCUCACAUCAUGACACUGCCAAAGUCACAUGCAGCCUUGUCUUCAGUUUUGCAUCACUCAUCUACUAAUACACUCUGGGCUGCUGGGGAAUCCUGCUCCUUCCACUUUAUAACCCUCUGUGGAUUCCUGCUGCCUCCAUUCCCCUUCUCACAUAAUGUCACUUCCCCUGUCACAUGUAGCCCUGUACUCAUUCACACAUCACCUACUGAUAUACUCUGUGCUGCUGGGGGACCCUGCUCCUCCCACUAUAUACCUCUCUGUGGCUCCCUGCUUCCUCCAUUCCACUCAUGACAUCAUGUCACUGCCCCUGUCACAUGCAGCCUGUCUUCACUUGCAUAGCACUCAUCUCCUGAUACUCUGUGCUGCUGGUGAACCCUGUUUCUUUCACUGAAAUGAACAAGAUAUCGUUCAUAUAUUUCAGCGUGUAUGCACCAACGAUGAACGAUGCGCGGCCACGCGCUCGUUCAUCGUUGGUGCCGGCUCGUUUCUGCCUGCAAGCCAAUAUGGACAAUAUCGUCCAUAUUAGCAAGCAGGGCUAUGAGGCCGGGUGUCAGGAGGAGUGAAGAAACUUCACCGUCACCCCUCCUCCGCUGCCGGGUUGUCCGUCGGCCGAUUGCCCGCCGAGGUGUCAAUCGCGCAGUUUGUCUGUGGCUUCCUGCUUCCUCCAUUCCCCUUUUCACAUUGGGCGAGAUGUACUAUAGGGAAAAUGUGAUAAAACCGUUUUAUCGCAUUUUCAUAUGUACUAACCCCUGUCCGCCGCGUUUUUACCCCUGAGGGUAUCGCCAUUUUUGGAUGGUGAUACCCUAUAGAAGCCUAUGGGCUUCUUAUCGCCGGCCGCAGACGCCGACCCCUCUCCCCCCGGCAUACCUUCUUCCGGGCAGGCCAGGUCCCGGAAGGUAAACUCCUCCUCCCCCUACCAACCCAGCCGGAGGUCCUUCCAGCUGCAGGGAGGAGACAGCCUGCUGCCUGAUUCCCGGCCAGGGAGGAGAGGGGAGAGCCCAGGGAGGUGACAGAGACCCCCCGCACACCACCUCACAGGGGCCUCCGUCACCGCAUUGUGAUGUUAAUCGCACAUGUUAGUACAUAUGCGAUCAACAUCGCUGCGAUGGGCGGCGAUGUAUUUUAAUACAUCUCGCCCAUUAUCACUCCCCCUUUCGCUUGCAGACCUCACUAACACAUCACUCAUCUCCUGAUAUACUCUGUGCUACUGGAGGACCCUGCAUCUUCCACUAUAUAAUUCUUCCUGCUUCCUACAGAUUCAAUUCAGAGUGAUGUGUUGCCUAACAUCACUGCAAUGUUUGGUCUCAUACAUAUUUGACCAUUAUGGCGGCCUAAACAUCACUAGUAUUCUAGUCGACUUCUCUGGGGCGCAAGAAAAAACUACCGAUGUUGCUGGCUGCAAUGUUCUGCAACGGCACAUUGAAGAUAUCAAAUGUAAUUGAAAUGCACCCUCUGAUUGCCUACAGGCUGCUCUGUCCCCAUCCACUUGAAAUCUAAGGACAUCUUUGGUGACCAGGAGAUACUGUAAGUACAGUAUUGAAUACAGGAAGGUGUUCAGGCCUUAGUCAAACAUGCCUAAACAACACAAUGCCACAAUAGCUAAUCAUUUUUCUUUUUGUUGUUUUUUUUUUUUUUUUCAAGUAGCAACUUUCAUAGUUUUGAAGCUCUUAUUAUUUUCGGGGUGUAUUCUUAUUACUCAGUGUUUCCUUUCAUAAAUCACUCUUUGGUGGCCUAUAGUAUGGCUGCCACUGCAAAAUAUCUCUCAGCUGGAAGCAUUUGGGUUCAGAGCUCAGGAUAGUGUAAACAGAUUUUUAAAUCAGAGCCAGUCAGUCAGAAAGCUCCUCAGUGGUCAUGUGACGGCAGAGUAAGGCGAGUGGGCUAGAGGAUUGUGCUAUGAAGGUGCAUGCUGAGACACUUUCUGAAUAAAGGCACAUUUUGUUAGGCUUGAACCAAUAGUAAAUGCGAAAUGUGGCCCUACCAUCAAGACAACAGGAGUAAAGCUGUCUUGUUUAUGGGAUGUGGUAUCACAGCAAUAGUAAGUAUAAUUAAUACCAUGUACGUUUUUCCUAAAGUACGCAGUAUUAAGCUUGCCAGCUGCAUUGUCCUUUGCAAGCUGACUAGUAAACAUGUUUUAUUACUGCAAACCAAUUUCACUGUAAUCAUGUGAACAAUUCGCAGCAGCAAUAUUACUAACAUAUUAGCAUAAAUAGGGUGGGGGGGGGGGGCUUAGACGCCAUCAGCCAAUCAGAUUCAGCUGCCGGUCCUCAUUGUUAACAGUAAGCAUCUAUUUAGUGGCCAUGGGUCACAUUCUGACCACACCCUUACUGUACUUUGGCUAUGUCUACACAACCCAUCCCACCCUUCUCACAAAGAGUAGAUAGGGCGAAAUGCGUCUCGGUCAUCUUCAAUCAAGAACCAAUGUACAGUAUAUUGUAUAGUUCUAAGAAACUUAUUUUUUUAAUAAAAUUUAUUUCCAGAUGUAAUUUAAAGAAACAUCCAGAUUCUAUAUAAAGUAACAAUGUAACAGUCAAUAAAUAAUACAUU